AUGACUGAGUCAGACCAGGGUCUACGAGACUAUCUUCUUGCCGCGCUGAGCAAGCUGCCCGGCGCGCGCGACUUGCACAUCCAUGUUCUUACCACGGCACCGUACAAACACAACUCGCUAUAUCCGUACGCGACGCCGCGACCCAAAGUGAUAGCUCAAGAUAUACUCGUACUACUGUCUGAGUCUGCGCCGUCAGCCUCGGAGGACCCGGCGCCGCGUGCUUUUGUCGCAGCCAUCGAGGCGGCCCUAUACCUUUUCCCGUCAACCGACUCGGCUUUACUAUAUAUCUCGAAAGUCGACUCUACCGGUCAAGGGAUAUCCCCUUCCCCCACGGCUACGCUUAUACGCGCGUUUAUCGACUGGCAUACGGCGGGCCGUAACGUCCAAGCGGCCAGGCUCUGGGUCCAACUCUUCGCCCGUGCACAGGCGCAGUACCUGUUUCCAAACUCGGCUGAUUACGAGGGGAAGAAGCCGUUGAAUGACGUACGGCUCUGUGCAUGGUGGCGACGCGUGUUAGGAGACGUUGCCGCUGCCCGGAAAGGCGCCCAAGCAUUUUAUGUGCUGCCCGGAUAUAGCGCGCUCGAGGCAGAGCAGUCGCUCAAAACGGCGGAUGCGAGGUGGACAUACGGACAUCCGUAUAGCCGAGCAGACAUGCCUGUGCCUUGCUCACCACCUCAUGGUGAUGUCUGGAACCUCGGCAAUAUCAUCCCCAGCUUUGAAGACGACCCGAAGAACAGGUUUAUGGACGAGCUGGCGCACGCCGACACGGUGAACGAGCGGGACGCGAGCCCAGUCAAGAAGAAACCUCGUCUAGAGAAGAAGGAUGAUGCUGAGGUUCAGCGGCGCAAAAAGGAAAGGGAAAAGGAGGAGAGCAAAGGUCCGCGUGGCGAGCUGGCGCGGGUGCAGGCCGACGAGUUCUGGGAGCGCAUGUCUUUCCGACAGGAGUGUAUCGCGGGAGCUGUCACAGGGUUCUUCGCUGUCGUCUUCGAUCUUACUACAACUCUGGACGUUACAACCGAUACCACUUCUCCUGUACAUAACGCAGCGUCUACCGCCAAACCCAGUACACCGAAUCACAUGCAGCCUCGACCUGGGAACGUGCCACGACAUAUCAACGAGCGCGUGCACAAGCUCUUGUCCACAGGAGUCGAGUUUAGCACACAGGAACGCGCUCGAAAAGGAACUGAAGUCGUAGAGAGCUCGCUAAAGGGCUUGUGCGAAGGCAUCGCGCCUCGACCUCCGAACUCAUCCGCGGGACCAGCUAGACCACGAGUCGAUGCAUCUGGACAACUCCUUCCCGCCCACCCGUCCUCGAACGACGACUCGCCUCAUACCCCCGCCCGUCGCACCGUGGCAUUACCCGAAGACACAUCACCUAAUCCAUUCGACGAACCUGAAACUACCCUUGAGACGUAUCAUGCGCAUAUAUACGGCUCUAUCAGCGUGCGCAACGAUCCACCCCCGCCGAGAGACGAUAAGGCGGCCGCAGAGCCAGCCAAAGUCAAUGUGCUCUCCGUGCGCAAGAAGAAGAAAAAACCGGAGUAG